AUGUCGGUCGUCACGGUUCCGAUCGUCGGGAAGAAGUUCCUCGCGCAGCUUGGCGGCAUGGCCAACGAGUCGGCGGCCUCGGAGGUCUCGUCGUUCGCGAAGAAGCAGAUGGCCAAGAUGGGCUGGACCCAAGGCAAGGGUCUCGGGAAGGAAGAGCAAGGUAUCGCGACCCACAUCAAGGUCAAGCGGCGCGAAGAGAACUCGGGCGUUGGUACCGAGGCCGCCAAGACCGAAGAGGUGUCAAACCAGUGGUGGUACAACGUCUACAACAAGAUGGCGAGCAAGAUCGUUGUCGACGCCAGCGACGACGACGACAACGAUGGCAAGAAGAAGGCCAAGAAGGCCAAGAAGGCCAAGAAGCGGUCGCGGGCCGAGAUGGACGUGCCGACGGACGAGCAGCUUUUCGCGGCGACGGGCGGCAAGCUCUUUGGGCGUCGUGCGUAUGGCUCGUGCAAGGGCAAGCUCAUGCGCGACGCGCUCCAGACCAAGGGCGUCGUCGAUGACAACGAAGAGAAGGCUGCCAAGAAGGCUAAGAAGGCCGCCAAGAAGGCCAAGAAGGAAGCUAAGAAGACCAAGAAGGAGGCCAAGACGAGCUCGAGCUCCUCCGACUCGGAGUAA